AGCAACACAACAUAAGACAAAAAUUACUUUUAUCUCCGUAACUAUCAUGGUCCUUGCAUUGUACACAAAUGGCUGUGCAGGUGACAUUUUAUUGACCCAGACUCCUGCAGUUGCCAUGGCACAGUCUGGAGAGUCUGCCACGAUCAGCUGUAAAGCUAGUAGUGCCAUUGACAAUGAUUUAGCCUGGUACCAUCAGAAACCUGGAGAAGCUCCUAAAUUCAUCAUCAACUUUGACAGUGGUUUAACAUCUGGUCGAUAUCAUGGCACUGGAUAUGAUAUUGAUUUCACUCUGACCAUCAGUGGAGUUCAACCUGAAGAUGCAGGAGAUUACCACUGUCAGCAGCAUGAAGCUACUCCAUUCACACAGUGAUACAAACCUCCCUCAGCUGUAGAGAAAGUGAUCUAAAUCUGCUUACUGGGGACUUUCACAAAUGUGUUGAAAUACAAUAUUAAUAUUUACCAUGACAAGGAUUAUCAUGACAAACACAGCAACGCUACCUGGAUCACUGAGGUAUAAUAAGAACUGGGAACAACGUCCAACUACAUCCGACCGUUGUUUUCAAGAUGAAAUCCUGUGACUAGUGAGGUUCGGCCACCUGCUUGCUCAACCCCAUCCCCUCCUCUCUUCUUCAGACUACCUCUGGAGAUGUGGUAAAAUGGCAAAGGAAGAAAUGGCAGUGGUUUUAGGGGUGCCCAACCAAUUUGUGCUACUUUGUGGGGGGGUUUUCACAUUAUUUGUAACUUAUUUUAAACAUAAUGUUUCUGCAAUCUAGCACUCACUGAGCGCAAACAUGCAACAUCACAUAGACAACAACCCCCCCCCCCAACCACAAUACAAAACAGGCUACCUAAAUAUGGUUCCCAAUCAGAGACAACGACAAACACCUGCCACUGAUUGAGAACCAUAUCAAGCCAAAACACAUAGAAACAGACUAACUAGACAUGCAACAUAGAAUGCCCACUCAUAUCACACCCUGACCAAACAAAACAUAGAAACAAACAACUCAAAUAAUGGUCAGAGUGUGACAGUCCUAACCGAGUUGCGAAAACUGUAGUUUGUUAAAUUAACAAGAAAUUUGUGGAGUGGUUGAAAAACGAGUUUUAAUGACUGCAACCUAAGUGUAUGUAAACUUCCGACUUCAACUGUAUGUAUACUGUAGCUAAAAAAGCAAUACUAAGCGUUAGUAGCCCAUAUCCCUCACCCUAAAAAUGUAGUCUAUUUUCACCAACGCAGUAUUGUAAACCCAUCUUUCGUGGCGGGUGUGUGCUUGUUUGCCAACAUUUUUUGUACAGCUUUGACAGUGUUACUGAUAAUUAUGGUGGCGCUUGGCUUGCAUCUGCAAAUUCAGCACACAUAACAUUCUAUAAUAGAAUUGUGUUAUUUAACAUGUCAAAUUGUGUUAUAUGACAUGUAUGUUUUUUGACACGCAAAGACACACAUUUUUUAUUUAUUUAUCUAGGCAAGUCAGUUAAGAACAUAUUCUUAUUUACAAUGAUGGCCUACACCAGCCAUCAUCAUGGAUUUGAACCAGGGUGUCUAUAGUGAUGCCUCUGGCACUGAGAUGCAGUGCCUUAGACCGCUGCGCCACUCGGGAGCCCAAAUGGUGUUCAAUGUGCCUCACCCUAAUAAUUUGGUAUAUUUUCACCUCUUAACCUCUUUACUUCCAGCAGCAUACCAUCCUGCAUACCACUGGUGGCUUGCUUCUGAAGCUAAGCAGGGUUGGUCCUGGUCAGUCUUUCGGAUGGGACGUUAAAUGCGUGUCCUGACUCUCUGAGGUCAUUAAAGAUCCCAUGGCACUUAUUGUAAGAGUAGGGGUGUUAACCCUGGUGUCCUGGCUAAAUUCCCAAUCUGGCUCUCAAACCAUCAUGGUCACCUAAUAAUCCCCAGUUUACAAUUGGCUCAUUCAUCCCCCUCAUUUCCCCUGUAACUAUUCCCCAGGUUGUUGCUGUAAAUGAGAAUGUGUUCUCAGUCAACUUACAUGGAUAAAUUCAAAAUUCAAAAAAUUUCUAACAUGGUGGUGUAUUCUAACAUGGUGGUGCACAUGAAGCCUAUAACCUGUUUUAGAAAAAUGUAAUCAUCGAAUAAAUCAUUAAAUCAUUUAAUUGUCUGUUUAUAUGCCCCCUUUAUUUAUCCUACGGUUCUGACAUGUUGUACAGGGAGUACACUGUAAGAACGGCUUAUGUUCUGAAUUCAGUCGCUGCACAUUUCAAAAAGGCUGAACAAAUAUUUAUAUUGACUACGUCUGUCGUCGCUUGCUCAUUAAUGUCUUAAUCGAAAUUACGGAUUGCCUCUUAUCCGCUUGUCCUAACCUUAUGCUAUAGUUUGUACAUCUCAAUUGUCAGUAGAAAUCACAUUUGUUUAAGCAAAUCAGCCAUAUCAGCUAUGUUUUUUUUAAAGGCAGUAAAUGAGUCUGAAUUAACUGUUUCGCUGCCAGACAAGGCUGCGCUGAAAGCCAGGUGUAGCAGUGCUAAGGUGUCGGGACUGCUGUUGGGACAGCUGUAUGUAGGUUCUAACAGUUUGUGGGCACUGUUUGUCACCGCUAUAGUGCAAUUGAUGUAUUGUUUAGUGUUGAGUUGUGUAGUGGCUUUGCUGGCAUGCAUCUCCCAUAAAAUGUGUUUGCCCCAUCAAGAUUUACAUGCUAAAAUCGCCACUGAAAUAGAGGUGAAUUACUUUUGUACUAUUACGUGGUUACUUUUACUUUGAAAUUUCCCGAAACAGUGACCCGGAAAUACUUUUCUAGUGUUGCUGACGAGACACUAAUUUCUUUCUGAAUGUACGGUUGUUGUUUCCAUUUCCACAUUUAUUUUAUUGCAUGUUGAUAUACAGUUGUAUGCUGUUAAUUAUCCAUACAUACUUUUGAUAACAACUUUUCCAUCAUGGACAAACGAGUCAAAGCGACUGCCAGUACGGGUAGGGGUUGUUUCUAAAAGUAACGUUACAGUCUAUGCUAUUAACCCUGGCUAACGUAAGCUAGAGUAGCUCAAAUUCAACAUACAGGCAGCCCCAAGUGAACUGUAAAGUAACUUACUAAUAUAGCUAACUACAUUCAUUUCAUGUUAAUAUCAUGUUGGCUUUCUUUCUAAAUGUUGCUGCUAAAUAUAGUAAAACCAAAGAUUCUAACUCUCAUCUGUGGUUUUGUCUUAUCAUAAUAUUUUGUCUAGCCUUGAUGUUGUAGACGAAUAUGUUUUUUUUUGUUAUGCAACAACCAGUACAGCCUAAAUAUUUAUUGGUUCCGUCUUCUUUCCAUAGGCCCCCCUCUUCCUCUCUACUCUUUACGACUCAUGGUUUCUCCCCUGCGGCUGAUGUAUUCCUUUGUAUGGCAUGUGGUGAAUCAAAGAAAUGUGAUGCACUAUGGGAAGGUCGAGGAAUUUGUAACUGUGGUGACUGAAGCUGUUCCAAAGUUGCUGAGUUACAAACAGAGGGCUCAACUCAUCCUGGGCCUGAGAGCAAGGAUGAUCUUGGAGAUGUUCCGCAAGGAUUGUCCACCUAACCCUCAGGCCAUCCAAUGUCUCCUGGGAAAGAUGAACAUCAGUGCAUCCGCAGGGCAGCAAGAUAUGGAAGUGGAGGAGUCGCAGGCUAACUUUGUGGCGUUGGUCCAAACCCUUCUGACAAACCCUUAUGAGAGGAAGCACUUCUUCCAGGAGGAGUUCCAUACACAGUAUGGCUCCAAGUACGACACAGCACUGCAGGCCCUUGUGGGAGGAUUGGUCUUCAGACUGGAACAACUGCUAUCUGUGCCAGAUCUCUCCCAGAUAGCGUCCAUUAUCAGUGCUGACCCCUCUGACCUGGAGGAGUGUGGACAGUCUGUGUCUGACCCUGAGCACCUGAAGAUCCUCCUCCAGCACCAGAACCUGCUAAAUAAAACCCAGUUAAACAGAAAUGUACCUCUCACUUCCUCUGUGGGUGACUGUGUGCUGUCUUCGCUGUCCUUCCGCCUCGCCUGUGGAAUGCCAUCAAUGGAGCCAGAUUUUGAUGAGCCAUCAGAAUCAUUAGAAGCCGCUUUAAGCGUCAUGAACCCUGCCUCCUUCAAUGACUUGGAGGAUCUGGGAAUGAUGUCAGAUGAUUCGCCACAUGCUGGAGAAGAUAGUACUGUAGAGAGAGAAGAGGAUGCCAGGGAUAGUGGAAGUGGGGUGAAAAAUGCAGUGCGUGACAAUGCACUGCCAGAGAGCGUGUCUAGUCCUCAAGGUGUUAGCGGACCAGUAGGAGGGGCACCAUCAAAAGGGGCACCAACAGUAAGGAGUAUGUUGCCAACACAGAGACACCAACAGCUUGUAUCACUGAUGAGUAGUUCCUUCACCAAAUCCUCUCCUUUACAGAUAGUCAAAUUAGUCAUCCCUGCCACGGUCACCAAUGGGAACCAACCAUGUAACCCACCGGUCAAAGUAGCGAGUGUCCACCAGUGGGUCUCCCACAUUGCAAGUAACUCGAUCUCGCUCCCUUCCUUGCCACCAAUUCCACAAAACAAUGAUGUAGACAGGGGGAUCUGGUCAGGUGACACAUGUCUUGGAAGCAGUGUGGUAAUUGGGGGUCAGGAAAUAGAAGCCAAUCUCUUUGAGAAGGCUGUUAUCCGAAGGAGAUGGGCGCCCAAGCCACAAAGAAUAACGGUACCCUCGAAGAGGAAAAUCCCUGAGGCAACCAUCAUUUGCCAGGAGUGUGGGAAGAGUUUUGUCUAUCCGUCUCAGCUGGAAAAUCACCUCCGCAUUCACACAGGAGAGAAACCUUUCAAGUGCACUGAGUGUGGCAGGGCCUUCAGGUCCUUAGGAGGCAUGACCACUCAUAUGAAAAAUCACUCUGAAGCGCGGCCAUUUAAGUGUGAUGAGUGUGACAAGGGCUUUCGGAAAAAGGCUGACCUGAAGAAGCAUCAGCUCAUCCACACGGGUGCGAAACCACAUAAAUGCACCAUCUGCGGAAAGGGCUUCAGCCAAGCAUUCUAUUGCAGAAUACACAUCCAGUCUCAUGCAAGUGAAAAUAACUUUCCCUGCACUCAUUGUCCGAAGAGAUUCCCAACCCAAUACAAGCUGUCUGUCCACGAGCGCUGGCACACCAUGGAGCGCCCGUUCAUCUGUGAGCAGUGUGGGAUGCGCUUCUUUCAUCCCAGUGGGCUGAAGAGGCACAUGGGCUAUCACAUUGGGAACCGCCCAUUCCUGUGUGCCCAGUGUGGAAAGACUUUUGUUUAUGAGUUUGACCUGAAGAAACACCAAAGGGACCAUGGCCCCAAGCCCAAGAUCCCAUGCCCUGUCUGCCAGAAGGUGUUUGGCAGCAACGGACUCAUCAAGGCCCACAUGUUUACGCACACCUCUGUAAAACCUUACAGAUGUGACAUAUGUGACAAGACCUUUAAACAGAGCAGCAGCUUGAGCAGUCACAAACGUCUGCACACAGGCGAACGCCCUUACCACUGUGACAUGUGUGGGAAGACAUACAAGCUAAAUCAGCACCUGAAGGAGCACAUAAUUGUCCACCACACGGCGGAGGGGCACCCCUGUGACCAGUGUGGAAAGGUCUUCAAGUUACCACGUCUUCUGAAGGCGCAUGAGCGGUUGCACUCAGGAGAGCGAUCUGAACAGACAAGGAAAUACAGUCACACCAGCCGUCGCAGGAGAAAUUCCUCCAAAAUGAGUUGAUUUACUGCACAGUGGCUGCCUUCCAUAGACACCGACUGGAAUUCUAGUUUUAUUGUUCUGACACAAGUUUAACUUUGUCACAAUGCCAUGCCAUUGGCUGUAAUCAUGUCCUUGUUUUUUUUUUUUUGUAAACUUGACAAUUUUGUCCCAUAAUCCAGGAUUUCCUAGACUGAACAUUGACAAAUGGUAGAAUGCCUGGCUUAAUUUAUGCAGAAACAAACCAAUGUCCUGUUAGAUACCAACAAUGAAUGAUUGUGUCAUUAAAACAUAUUUGUUUGUGAUGCUUUUUUUGGAUAGUUUGAAAUUCCAAUGACAUAAGAUGUAAAUUGACAGCUACUCACUUAUUUCUCUUUUUGAGAGUAGUCAAUGAUUGCCGGAAGCCUUUACAAAAAAUAUGCACAACAUUUGGUGUUGGAUAAAGGCAAAUAAAGUCAAAAUUGUGUAACACAA